CUGUGUAUGUGAGUGUGUGAGUGUUGGCUGGCUGGCUGGCUAGCUGGGGGUGUCAGAUCAGAGGACAGACAGUGUUUUAUAUUUAGCUGCAGCGGCAGCAGCACCUCAGCCCUGCUAGAGAGCUCUACAACCCAACUGUCUAUGUGUGCUGUUUAAGUACCUCUGGGAAGUAUAAGCUGUUUUGAAGAGCGUGUAUGUGUGUGAGUGUGUGUGUGUUGUAGGACAGAGCCUGAGGAGAUGCACAUACCCCGUCCAGACCAGCGUGUGAGUAUUUGUGGGAACAAGCGGUGCAGCGUCUGACGGAACCGGAGAGGAGAGGUCUGGAUCGACAGAUUCACACGCUCCACCGGGCACUAGGCAGCGGACAGCCGGUUUGCUGACUUUCUGAUUGUUGACACAUUUUCUCAGAGCCAUCAUAUAACUUUCUUUCUCUCUCUCUCGCUCGCUCACUACUCCCCCCCUCGUCUCUGUGUGAUAGUGUUGAACUAGCCUGAUCUGGUCUGGUUGGUAACACAGUAAGGUAAUGUGUGAGGUGCAGUCAGUGGACAGACUCAGACCCACACAACUCCCCAGGCAACAGAUGCACUGAGACACUAGCUCAGCUCCAAUCCUCUGGAGGAGAGGAAAACCGAGGAAGAGCGAGAAGAACUCCGCUUUCACCCCUGGGGCCAUGGACACGGCUGGUCAGAGUGCGCCGGCGACCGAGGCAGGGGGAGAGGGUCGAGGAGGAGGGGGGGAGAGUCGCGAGGGAGUGUUUGUAGGGUCUGUGGACCGGGAGAAUGUGUCCAGCCCAAGCCCCUCCACCAAGCAGCGCUCCCUGAGGGCAGUCUAUGUGCUGAACGAUGGGCUGAAGGCAGUGCUGGCGACCAGCCCCGAGUCGGGGGCACUCCAGUGUCUGCAGAGAGCCUGUGAUGCAGAGAGCGCUCUGCUGACCACUGUCACCUUCGGACGACUGGACUUUGGAGAGACCUCGGUGCUGGACACCUUCUACGAUGCAGCUGCUCCCGAGCCGGGUGACCAAACAACAACACCAGGGCUGCCGUCGGUAGGCAGGAAACAGGACAUUUUUGUAGUGGAAGUGUACUUGCGAUCUGUGGUUCAGAACCUGCAGUUGAUCCAGAGAUUUAAGAAGACAACAGUAGAACACUCUCCCCAGAGAGAGAGGCUCAACUUCUGGAUGGACAUCAUCGUAGAGGCCACUAGAGGAAAAAGCAACGGACUGCGCUUCCCGGUGUUGAUCCUAGAGCCUACUAAGGUCUACCAGCCCUCAUAUGUUUCCAUCAACAGCGAGGCGGAGGAGAAGAACGUCUCCAUCUGGCACGUCUCCCCUGCUGAAACGAAAGGGAUCCAUGAGUGGAACUUCACUGCAACAUCCAUCAAAGGAAUCAGUAUCUCUAAGUUUGAUGAGCGCUGUUGUUUCCUGUAUGUUCACGACAACUCAGACGACUUCCAGAUCUACUUCUCUACUGAAGACCAGUGUGGCCGGUUCUGUUCCAUGGUGAAGGAGAUGAUUUCUGAUGGAACAGGAAAUGCAGUGGAGCUGGAGGGAGAUGGAGACGGAGACACACUGGAGUACGAGUAUGACAUUAACGAGAAGGCGGACCGUGUGGUGCUGGGCCGGGGGACCUAUGGAGUGGUGUACGCUGGGAGAGACAUGAGCAACCAGGUCCGCAUCGCCAUUAAAGAGAUACCAGAGAGAGACAGCAGGUACUCCCAACCCCUUCAUGAGGAGAUAGCGCUGCAUAAGUACCUGAAGCACAGGAACAUUGUUCAGUACCUGGGCUCAGUCUCAGAGGACGGAUACAUCAAGAUCUUCAUGGAGCAAGUCCCUGGAGGCAGCCUGUCAGCGUUGCUGCGGUCAAAGUGGGGUCCGUUGAAGGAGGCAACCAUCAUCUUCUACACACGACAGAUCCUGGAGGGACUCCGCUAUCUCCACGAAAACCAGAUAGUACACCGUGACAUCAAGGGGGAUAAUGUAUUAGUUAAUACCUACAGUGGAGUUCUGAAGAUAUCAGACUUUGGGACGUCUAAAAGGCUUGCAGGGGUCAACCCCUGCACCGAGACCUUCACUGGCACCCUGCAGUACAUGGCUCCAGAGAUCAUAGACAAGGGUCCUCGGGGUUACGGAGCUCCAGCUGACAUCUGGUCUCUGGGCUGCACCAUCAUAGAGAUGGCUACUGGGAAACCCCCCUUCCACGAGCUGGGAGAGCCUCAGGCUGCUAUGUUUAAGGUGGGGAUGUUUAAGAUCCACCCAGAGAUCCCAGAGUCGUUGUCGUUGGAGGCCAAGUCGUUUAUCCUGCGUUGUUUUGAGCCUGACCCUAAUAAGAGGGCUACCGCCUCAGACCUGCUCAAAGAUAUCUUCGUACGACACAAUGUCAAGGGAAAGAAGAGCAAGAUCGCCUUCAAGCCAUCAGACUACAUCCGCAGUGUUUCGCUGCCAGUGCAGUUACAGUGUGAAGCCACCGGGAGCAGCAGCAGCGAACCCGGCUCAGUGAGUCCAGACUGCGACUCCAAACAGGAUGUCUUCUUUCAGAAGAACAAACGAUCAGGGUCAGAGAACCUGCUCAAACCACCUAGCAACAACUACCUAAGUGUACCGGAUGAGGGGUCAGUGUCAGAGGACCGUAGCUCUCCUGCGUCUCUAGAAGACAGAGAUGGAGGGCUCUUCCUGCUGAAGAAGGACAGCGAGAGGAGAGCCAUCCUCUACAAGGUCCUGAACGAGGACCAGGACAAAGUCAUCUCCAACCUCCUGGAGAACCACAUACAGGGCAGUGAGGAGCUGCAGCUCUCUGUGGACCACAUUAAACAGAUCAUUUGUAUCCUGAGAGAUUUCAUCCACUCCCCGGAGCGACGCGUCAUGGCAACAACCAUCUCCAAACUCAAACUGGACCUAGACUUUGACUCCACAUCCAUCAACCAGAUACAACUGGUUCUUUUUGGCUUCCAGGAUUCAGUGAACAAGGUCCUGAGGAACCAUCAUAUUAAACCUCACUGGAUGUUUGCUAUGGACAACAUCAUCAGACGAGCAGUACAGGCUGCAGUCACCAUCCUCAUACCAGAGCUCCAGACCCACUUCGGCCCGGCCUCGGAGAGCGAGGGACCAGAUAAGGAGGAGGAGGAAGAGGAGGAGGAGGCAGAGUUUGGCCCUGUAUUGGUCACGCCUCCAGACGACCCUGCUGUGACCCCCGAACCCGUGGUGACCUCAGCAGUCAGCACACUCAGCUCCACCCUCUCCUCCCCGCCUCCGCCUCCGCGCUCACAGCCUCUCGGAGCCCAGUUGGGCCGGCUCAAACAGGAGACCAACCGGUUGUUGGAGGAACUGCUGCACAGGGAGAGAGAGUACCAGCAGGUCCUGAAGACAACACUACAGCAAAGACAGCAUGACCUAGAGCUGGUCAGGGUCAGAUACAGACCCCCAGACAUUCCUCCUCCCUCUAUCUUCCAAGUCCCAGUUGACCACGAGCCUGAUAAGCAGCUCACUGAUUGGCUGAAAGACCAGAGUGCGGAUGCAGACACCAUAGACAAGUUUGUAAUGGAGGAGUACACGCUGAGCGAUGUCCUUAAUGAUGUCACUAAGGAGGACCUGCGCUACCUACGCCUACGGGGUGGGGUGCUGUGUCGUAUAUGGCGGGGUAUCCAGAGGCACAGAGAGAGAGAGAGGCUGACAAGGGAUGACUCCAAAGAUGACGGAUGAUGGGAUACAUGAACUACGACUGCCUUAACACUCACACACAGAGAAAUAGAAUGAAUAGAACGGGCGUCCCCAUUCAAGUCAAAGAUGGCAUAUUGGUUGGGCAGGCAACCAUUGCAAGUGUACCCAUAGGGGCAAAGCAGGAAGUGAAAGCUGGAAGUGUACCCAUCAAUCUGUGUUGUGAUUUGUUGAAUCAACUCAACUGACAUUACAAAAAAAUACAUUCCAUGAGCCACAUCAGUUAGCAUCAUUUGAAUGAACAUUCUAUAUUACCAUGGGAAUUAUUGCAACACAAUACCAGGUAGCCAUUGCGAGUGUACCCAUUAUUACCAGUCAAAUUGCCAGGGUUAGAGGUUGCAAACCCAUUCUAUUCGUUCUAUUUCUAUGCAUGCACACAUGCACACACAGACCAAUCUGUUGUGUGUAUGUGUUUGAUUGAGUGUGUGAUUGAGUGUGUGUGUGUGUGUGUUAUGUAGACCACACGUGCUUCUUAGGUUUCGUCCCAUGCCAAAUUCUGCCUGCUCAUUGGUCCUGUAUUGCACCAGGAAGUUUGUGGCCCUAGCCAAGUGAGGCAGUGGGCAUUUAGUUACACACACAACCAGACAACCAGUCUGUAAUGUAGUGUUUAUUUUUUGGUCUCUCUAAUUCUAUAUAGUGAGGUGUAUAGUAUAGAGAUCUAUAAUGUAGAACUGUGUUUGUAGUUAGCACAGGUCUGUGGCUUUUCAUGUUUUAGUCCAGCUGUGUUCAUGAUUUAGAUGUCUUCAUGUGAUUUCAAUGUGUUACUUUAAAGGUGCAAUAUGCACGAUUUACAGCUGUUCCAGGGACAUUUCAAUAAAUGAUAUAUACUCA